AAAAAAAGGGAAAAAAAUAAAGCAAAAAUCCAGGCCUAUACAUACACUCUGCAUAUAUAUGUAAAGAGAGAGAGAGAGAGAGGAGAGGGAGGAAGAUGAAAACUGGGUUUGUUUUGUUCUUUCGUCAUCUCUCUGCAAAUAACUGAAAAAAAGCAGGGAGAUGGGUACAGACAAAUUGCUGCACCUUUUCGUCUUCUUUUCCUGAUUUACAGUCCCAUUUAUUUGGCUUUAAUUCGAGAAAUUCUGUUGAAAAAACCCAUCUUAAUCCAUCCCGUAUACGUACAAACGCUCAGAAACCUUUCAAUUGCAAACCCCUCUCUCGUCUUCUGUGGUUUUAUGUUUUUCCAUGUGAAGGAGAACAAUGGGAAUAGGUUUUUUCCCCGCCCGAAACCAGAGCUGAAAAGUGAAGAAUUGAAUGAUGGGGGAGCUCGGGGUGGCGAAUCCAAAAGGCAACGACCCGUCGAAGGAGGCGCGCGAGGGUUUCGGGUCCGGGUGGAGAUCUCGUCCGCCGCCUGAUCUGGGUUCUAUUAAGGCGGAGUGUUUGACAGCGGCGGAGGAAGCGGCGGAACAAGUGUUGAACUGCGUGCAUCCCACGCUUGACUCUGAGGAGAAACGACGAGACGUCGUUGAUUACGUUCAGCAACUCGUCCAAAACCGUCUUAAUUGCGAGAUACUGCGUUGCGGAAAAGUGAAACUCGUACGAAUUCUUAGAUUCCAUAGUAUCGGGUCGAGUUAUAUCUGGAUUGGGUGCUCUGCUUUGCCAUAUUCGAAAGGCCCAUCCUUGUUUUACGAAAUGGACCAUGAAGCUAGUGAAGAAUUUGUAGUUUCCUAUGGUUCAGUUCCACUCAAGACAUACCUACCUGACGGUGAUAUUGAUUUGACUGUCCUCAAAGGCCCGAAUGCUGUUGAAUCUUUGGCCCACGAUGUGCUAGCUCUUUUACAGGAUGAAGAGCGGAAUGAAAAUGCAGAAUACCAAGUAAAGGAAACACAAUUUAUUGAUGCUGAGGUUAAACUUGUGAAAUGCUUUGUGAGGAACUUUGUUAUUGAUAUAUCCUUCAAUCAGUUAGGCGGACUUUCUACACUGUGUUUCCUCGAGCAGGUAGAUCGCCUUAUUGGGAGAGAUCAUCUCUUUAAACGAAGCAUUAUCCUAAUUAAGACUUGGUGCUAUUAUGAGAGUCGUAUACUUGGUGCUCACCAUGGUUUAAUUUCUACAUAUGCUUUGGAGAUACUUGUUCUGUACAUAUUCCAUCAUUUCCAUUCAUCAAUAUGUGGCCCUUUAUAUGCACUCUACAAAUUUUUGGAUUACUAUAGCCAAUUUGAUUGGGAUAAUUAUUGCAUCAGUUUGAAAGGUCCAGUUUGUAAAUCGUCCCUACCUGAUAUUGUUGUCAAGAUGCCUGAAAGUGGGAGGAAUCAUCUUUUGCUUAGUGAAGAAUUUAUGGAGAAUUGUUUGGAAUUGUUCUCAGUUCCUUCAAGCGGGCUCAAGGCAAACUCACGAGCAUUUCAGCCAAAACAUCUUAAUAUAAUUGAUCCACUCAAGGGAAAUAAUAACCUUGGGCGCAGUGUUCACAGAGGUAAUUUCUACCGUAUACAGAGCGCAUUCAAGUUUGGGGCACACAAGCUCGGUCAAGUUCUUUUACAACCAAGAGAUAAAGUUGCUGAUGAGAUCUACAAAUUUUUCACUAACACCCGCUCCAGGCAUGAACGCCAGUAUAAAAGUAUCACUAGGCAUUUGGUCUUUAAUUUUGGUGAUGAAGAGUCUUUCACCGAGUCUUUACCAUCCCAAGUCGAGUCAUUCUCUGAGGACGACGACAUGUUUCUAAAUUCAUUUGCCUUGGAUUUUGAUAAUUUGAGGAAUGAAAUGGCAGACACACACUCAGUAGGUGAAGUUUCUCCCGAGAUGGUAUCUGAGGCUUGUUAUUCUGCAGACAGCGUUUUUGUUUCGAGAUAUCGUGUCUUGGGUCCCAAAUAUGACUUUGCUACAUCCAACUCGAGCAGCAAUUACAGUGCGUCUCUUUCUGAUAACUAUUUCCACAAUCCUCAUUCCAAAUGCUCGACCGAAAACGGAAGCUCAGAGCAACAACAAUCUGAUUUACCAUCUACUGACUCGGACAAGUUUGGGACCAUUUCGUGGAUGGACAACAAAAGUACUUGUCGAUGGUGUGUUGACAAUUGUGAGGCUGCCUGCUUGAAAGAUAUGUAUUUUAUAGAAAACGACACUGCAAGCAUUGAAGGGGACUCAGAGGCCUUCAAUCCCCUGGCCGAUUUAAGUGGAGAUUAUGACGGCAAUAUUAGAAGUUUGUUACGUGGUCAAUUAUGCCACGGGUUUUCUUUAUCCUCGAGUGCCAAGAGCAACUGCUCGUCUUCUCCCAUAAUCCAGAAUCGAAAGCCACGGGAUGUCGAUCGUCAUUCGACACCUCUUAUAACGAAUAAUUGUAGUAAUGAUAAUAUAUUAUCUCGGACGAGUUCCCACACAGUAUCAACCGAUUCUGAAUUUUCGGGCAGUACCUUCGAUUAUGAUGGCAAACAGAAAGCACGAGGAAUUGGAACCUACUUUCCACAUAUGAAUGUUGUGCGCAUGGCGAAGUCUUCAUAUGGGAGGGGCAAGAAUAAGGCGCCGGACAACGAGAAUAAUUUCCAUCUGGAGGGUCAUGCUAAUGGCAUAUAUUAUCCAGCUGGCACGACGAAGUCUUUUGAGAAAAAUGGUGGUUAUGAAGUUUUGCCCGUACGGAAAAGAUAUUAUGGACGUAAGAAGAAAUCAGAUGUCGUGAGGUCCUCCCAGUCUAAUAAUUAUUCUGUUGAAAAUGGCUGUUUGAGUGCGUUGAGCAGAAUCAAAUUUGGGUCUAUUGGUAACUUAGGCGAAGAGGUGAUUUCACAUUCAGCUCACAUUAGUGCCUCGCAGGGUUCAUCGGCAGUUUUGAUUCGACAAAGGGUUGCAGGGCAGUCAAUUCGCCUGAAGAAUGAAGCUGAAUUCCCUCCACUGUGCCAAUAGAAGGAACUCAUUGCAUUCGAAAGGAUGAUCAAGUUGUAGAAAAAGAGUGUGAAUGAGCUUCAUAUAUGGAUCUAGGCGCUAAACAGGUCUCGGGACUUCAUUAAGUAGAUUACAUUUUGCUUCUUUUCAGUUUUUACAGGACUCAAAAGUACCCUUUUCGUCCUGCCGUGAAUUAUACAGAACGAGACAGUGGGUAGAAUAGCUGUUAGAUUUUUAGAAUCGAUACACCAAGCGUUUAAAUUCUAGAUGACUAAUGCCUGUCCCGGUUUGAUGGUGAAUCUCGCCACCUUUAACUUCUCCUUUCUUGUUUUUGGCUUGUUGAUGAUGGAAAUUUGGUGUGUUUUUGUAAAUUGAUAUUUUCUGAAAUCUGAGUUUAGAAAAAAAGAAAUUGUGAAUUCGUGUGGGUUUUUAAUCAUCUUUAUGGAGGAAGGAAAUUUCAGAUGCUGUGUUGUUUGGCACAAACACACUAUGUAUAUG